CUUCUCUGCCUUCCAGCACCGGCCCCGGCGAUGCCGUUUGGCUGCGUCACCCUGGGAGACAAGAAGGAUUACAACCAGCCAUCCGAGGUGACGGACAGAUAUGACCUGGGACAGGUCAUCAAAACGUGGGUGAAGCACCCCAAUAUCCUGCAGCUGGUGGAUGUGUACGUCACCCGCAAGGAGUACUUCAUCUUCCUAGAGCUGGCCACAGGCCGGGAGGUGUUCGACUGGAUCCUGGACCAGGGUUAUUACUCGGAGCGGGACACCAGCAAUGUCAUCCGCCAGGUGCUGGAGGCCGUCGCUUACCUGCAUUCGCUCAAGAUUGUGCACAGGAACCUCAAGCUGGAGAACCUGGUGUAUUACAACCGCCUGAAGAACUCCAAGAUAGUGAUCAGCGACUUCCACCUGGCCAAGCUAGAGAACGGCCUCAUCAAGGAGCCCUGCGGCACCCCAGAGUAUCUCGCGCUGGGCCCGGCUGGCUGUGCUCACCGCUCUUGCCCAGCCAGGCUGUCAGGGAACCCGCCCUUUUACGAGGAGGUGGAGGAGGACGACUACGAGAACCACGACAAGAACCUGUUCCGCAAGAUCCUGGCCGGCGACUACGAAUUUGACCCCCCUUACUGGGAUGACAUCUCGCAGGCGGCCAAGGAGCUGGUGACCCGCCUGAUGGAGGUGGACCAGGACCAGAGGAUCGCAGCCGAAGAAGCCAUCUCCCACGAGUGGAUUUCUGGCAACGCCGCCUCAGAUAAGAACAUCAAGGAGGGCGUGUGUGCUCAGAUCGAGAAGAACUUUGCCAGGGCCAAGUGGAAGGAGCGGUUUGAGGCCGGCUGUAGCAGGCUGUCAGUGGUCGUGACGUAA